AGCUGGGACACCACCAAGCUGAAGCAUGAGAGCCGAGCCUGCCAGGCUCAGUGACACGAUCGGUGGGGCCUGACGGGAAAAGUGGGACGGAGCCCCAGAAGCAGGGGCGCUGCCAGAGUCCUAACAGGAGAGAAUUACCCUCUGUACAUCCGCAGCAGUCCCACAGAGGAUGAGCUCAAGUUCCACUACAUGGUGCACACGUCCCUGGAUGUGGUAGAUGAGAAGAUCUCGGCCAUGGGGAAGGCACUGGUGGACCAGAGGGAGCUGUACCUGGGCCUGCUCUACCCAACUGAGGACUACAAGGUAUAUGGCUACGUGACCAAUUCCAAGGUGAAAUUUGUCAUGGUGGUGGAUUCCUCCAAUACAGCUCUUCGGGACAACGAAAUCCGCAGUAUGUUUCGGAAGCUGCAUAACUCUUACACAGACGUGAUGUGCAACCCCUUCUACAACCCCGGAGACUGCAUCCAGUCAAGGGCCUUUGAUAACAUGGUAACUUCGAUGAUGAUCCAGGUCUGCUGAGCUGGACCUACGCCCCAGUUGCCUGGAAGAGAAGCCUGUGUUAACCCUGUCUGAUGAUUAUUUAUUCCCCUCCCCCUCCCUGACUGUAACCCGUGGGCAGAGCUGUGUGCCUGGUACCUUCCCACUAAAGUCCUCCCAUGACGA